AUGUUACAGGAUUCUUUUAAGGAGGAGCAAAUUCCAGGAGAGGUGGAAAACGCAGUAAUCCCCUUCGUUUGGGCAAAUGAAGAUCCGGGACAGUCCAAAUUGACAGAGCCGGUAAAAGUGACCUUGAAACCCGAAUCCAAACCGGUAAGACAAAAACAAUAUCCUGUUAAAUGGGAGGCCCGAAAAGGACUGGAGGGGUUAAUCAUGAAAUUUUUGGAAUAUGAACUUUUGAUAGAAUGCGAAUCAGAAUAUAACACUCCUAUAUUACCGAGGCAACAUCUGGCCCUUGGAGUGCUGGCACAACUUCUGGGAUCCUGGAAGCGGACAGUAGGAUACUUCUCUAAACAACUUGACAACGUGAGUAAAGGAUGGCCGGGAUGUUUGCGCGCUGUGGCAGCAACGGUAGUGCUGAUUCAGGAAACUCGAAAGUUGACUAUGGGCCAAAAGAUGGUGGUGUAUGUACCACACAUGUUGGUAACUGUUUUAGAACAAAAGGGGGGUCAUUGGCUAUCCCCCAGCAGAAUGCUGAAAUAUCAGGUUGUCUUGCUGGAGCAGGACGAUGUGGAAUUGAAAACCACAACCAUCGUAAAUCCAGCGAUGUUUCUGUCGACGGAAAAUCCAACAGAAAAUCUAGAACAUGACUGCCUGCUAACUGUUGAAGAAGUCUAUUCCAGCAGACAGGACCUGAGGGAUGAUCCUCUGGAAAAUCCUGAUUUGGAGUUGUUCACGGAUGGAAGCAGCUUUGUGAAAGAAGGAAGACGAACGGCCGGAUAUGCUGUUGUCACCACCACCGAGGUACUGGAGUCAGGAACGCUACCUGCAAAUACCUCGGCACAGAAAGCAGAACUGGUGGUGUUGAAGCAAGCCUUGCGAAUGGCAGAAGGAAAGAGGGUAAAUAUAUGGACUGAUUCUAAAUAUGCAUUUGACGUGAUUCAUGCUCAUGGAGCCAUCUGGAAAGAAAGAGGAUUGCUCUCAGCCCAAGGAACAUCGAUAAAACAUAAAGAAGAAAUCCUUCAGCUCCUCGAAGAGGUGCAGAAGCCAAAGGAAGUGGCGGUGAUGCAUUGCAAGGCUCAUCAAUUUGGUCAGACAGCUGUAAACAUAGGUAAUCGAUUGGCAGACAAAACAGCAAAGGAGGCUGCUGAACAAGGUAUCCUUGCACUAGUACCAGUAAAACCGAUAAAAAUCCCGAAUCUGAAACCAAAAUAUAGUAAAUUGGAUGAGCAAUUGGCGGAACAAUUAAAGGCAUCACAAAAUACAGAAGGGUGGUGGGUAACGCCAGAAAAGCGGGUAAUAGUAACCCCGCAAGUUAUGUUAGAACUUGCAAAAGAAAAGCAGGCGCAGACACAUAGGGGUGUAGAUGCUAUGGUCUCGAGCCUAAAAUCAUCUGCAGUGUGUGUAGGUUGCAAAUUUAUGACUUGGUUUAUCACCUGUGGGUGA